UUGAAAUUUUCGUUAUUGUCGCUGGCUACACGCUGCACCGGCAUGCAUGCUGUGGGCUAUGGUUGAGUAGGCUACUGAGUGAGGUCUGUUGAUUUGGUAAGCGAUAACGGCUCAGGGGAGACUUUUCAGUGUGACAGUUUGGGCCCUAAAGGAAAAUUGAACACUGAGCAACCACAAACAAAAUCUGGAAACACACCGACCGAAUAUUUGCCAGACAUAAUCCAAAAAUCAUCGGCUCUACGAUGGGUGGUAAGAUGUGAGGCAAGAGCAUAGACUGCUGUUUUACUCCAUGCGCAUUCCCCCAUAUUUUUUGGCUUUCGUACGGAACUUCGCCAUGGAGAGUUCUAGUCCCACUUUCGUUUACAGUAACAAGGAUUACGAUAACCAUGUGUUUCGAUUAAUAGGAAGUGAUCAAACUCCAAAUCUGUCAAAAUUUGAUAUGAGUCUUAGAACAGCCUGGGUGGAACGAAUGCAACGUGGACUCUUCCGGUAUCACCUGGGGGACUUGGAGACACGAAUUCUUCCUGGCCCUUCUCGUCUGGUCGCUCAGUUAAAUAUUGAGAGGGGACAACAGAGACGCAAACCUCAAGAGAUCUUGAGUAUCAAACAGGAUUUUGACCCAAAGCUGUUCAAUUUCAACAAAGCAAAUUCCAACGAAACUAUGUUCGAGUUAAUUAAGCAGGAACUGUGUGGAGCAGUUCAUGAAAAUGGAUUUACCAAAGGAUGCAAGAUGGUAAUAAACGUCAGCCCACUGGAGUUUGGACAUAGCCUAAUAGUUCCCGAACCAAACCAGUGCUUUCCCCAGGUACUGACACCUCAUUCCAUUCAAGUGGGGAUCGAAUGUAUCCUCUUAAGCUCAGACCCGGCCUUGCGAGUUGGAUUCAACAGCCUCGGGGCAUUUGCAUCCGUCAACCACCUCCACCUCCAUGCAUACUACCUGAAACAUGAGUUGGUUAUAGAAAGCACGCCCGCGGAAAUUGUGAUGUCAGCCCAGGGCUUGCAUUGUUUAACCACUUUUCCGAGAGGCUUUUUGUUCUAUACAGAAGGAGGAGAUCUACAUUCAAUAGUCAGUGCAGUUCACACACUUACUGACUUCUUGGUCAACCAUAAUAUUGCACACAACCUUUUCCUAACUCGAGGGUGCCCGCCUGACGGAGAAGGCAUAGGUGACCGCAGAAGGUCUGGAGUGCGCGUCAUUGUGUGGCCCAGGAUGUCAUGUUUUGGGGCAAAGGAGGAGACUGCCUUCAAUGUGGCACUGUGCGAGCUCGCGGGCCACCUACCUUUCAAGAACCGAGAGGACUACGAGACUACAACGGAACAGAAAGUGCACAGUAUUAUCAAAAAAUAUAUGUUCUCUCCGGAGACAUUUCUUGACUUGCAGACUCAGCUUAUUUCCUGUUUCACCUCACUGGAGUCUGGCACAAACCACUGCAAAUAAGUGACUGUUUUGUACUGCUCUGUUGGCUUCGUGCUAUAGGCUACCCGAAAAAUUGUCAAAUGUUCCUGUGUUUAAUGUAUUCUAUGUUGUUGUUUUGAGGUUGCGGUUUAUUGUAUUUAUUGCUGGAUAAAAGGCCUGUCGUGAUUAUAUUAAAUGGUUGGUUGGUA